AUGUCAGCCAGUACCGUCUCGAGCAACGUGGUUGAAACCAGUGGCAAGAAAACUGGAAGUAGCACAAGUUCCAACACGGAUUUGGGAUAUUCAGACACAAUUUCCAUCAGCUCCGGGUCCACCGCCACUACGGUGAACACCCGUGUGUAUAACCUAUGCCAGAAAGGGGAUUGGAGCGUCCUCGAACAAGUUCUACGAACUCUAGAGAAGGGAAGUCCAGAAGCCGCUUGUUCAGAUGAGGACACAGGCAUCACCCCACUGAUGGUAGCGGUCAAGGAGAACAAGCUGGUUAUUGUGGAAAGGCUCAUAGACCUGGGUGUCGGACUCAAUGAUAGAGCAAAGGAUGGGCGCACUGUCAUGCAUUUCGCUGCGUCAUAUGCCAGAGAUGACAUCAUGAAGCUGCUCAUUAAUAAGAAGGCUGAUGCCACUAUACCAGGAGGGCCUAAGGAACAGCUCCCCCUUCACAUGGCUUGUGCAAGAUCUAGUGGGGCACUUGCAAUAGUUCAGAUGCUCCUGAAAGUCUCUGGAAAAGACUGCAGGCUUGUGGAAGACAAAGAUGGCUCAAUUCCUAUAUUUCUAUCUUCUGAAGUUGGUAAUGUGGCCGUUUGCAAAGAAUGCCUCACACAACAGACAGAGCAACAGAUCAAAUUCCAGAGAAGGGGUAAUGGAGACAACUUGAUGCAUGUUGCUUGCAGAAGAAAGGACGUGGAUCUGGCAAAACUAUUCGUGGAGUACGGAGCCAACUUUGAUGUGCAAAAUUAUGAGGGCCAUACCCCCUUACAUAUAUCAGCCUGGGAAGGAGAUGAAGCCAUGAUGAAGUACCUGUAUCAAGCUAAAGCCAAUCCAAACAUAACAGAUCAGAUGGAUCGUAGUCCCUUACACAUAGCUGCAGAGCGUGGGAACACGAGUGUUGUGGAACUGUUGGUGGAUAAAUUCAAGGCUAAUGUCGCCGCUAGAACUAAAGAUGGCAGCACCUUAAUGCAUAUAGCGUCAGAAUGCGGGCAUCCUGAUACUGCACUUACAUUUCUCAAGAAAGGAGUGCCACUGCAUAUGCCAAAUAAAGCAGGGGCUGUUUGUCUCCAUGCUGCUGCCAAGAGAGGCCACACGGCUGUAGUGAGGUCUCUCCUCCAGAAAGGUGCCCAAGUAGACGCCAGGACCAAGGACAACUACACAGCCCUGCACAUAGCUGUGGAGGCAUGCAGACCACUGGUUGUACAAACACUGCUGGGCUUUGGUGCUCAGGUGGAACUCAAGGGAGGACUGGCCCAGGAGACCCCACUGCACAUAGCAGCCAGAACCAGUGAAGGGGAAAAGUGUGCAGAAAUGCUGAUCAAAAGUGGAGCCAAUGUUAAUUCCAUUCAGGAGAACGGGGAGACUGCAAUGCACAUAGCAGCCAGAUAUGGUCUCAUCAAAAUGGUUAUUGCCCUCUUGGAAGAAGGUGGUGACCCCUGUUGGCAGUCAAAGCUUGGAGAAACUCCUCUCCAUGUGUCUGUGAGACACUGUCACUGGGAUGUGGCAGAUGAACUUCUGAGAUUUGUGGCCACAGAGAAGUCCCAUAUAGAUGCUGUGAUGCUAGUCAAUCAACAAAAUACUGAAGGGGAAACUUGUGUGCAUUAUGCAGCUGAAAUUACCAAGAACAUGUGCCAUAGAGAGUUUGAAGAUGUGGAUGUGAUCAAACUGAUGCUGGAAUACAAUGGAGACACAAACACACAGACUAGAAUGACACAUGAGACCCCACUUCACUACUGCUCCAGGGCAGGAAACGAGGACAUCUUGUUGGAAAUGGUCAGACAUUUAGGUCCCAACAGAGUCCAGUUGGCAGUCAACAAGCAAGCAAAGAAUGGCUGGUCCCCAUUAUUGGUUGCGUGUGAGCAGGGCCACCUGGACAUUGUAAAGAUCUUAAUGCAGAACCAUGCCAGAGUAGAUGUGUUUGAUGAGCAUGGUAAGGCAGCACUGCACCUGGCGGCAGAGAACGGCCAUGAUGAGGUAGCUGACGUGUUACUGUGGCACAAGGCAUUUGUCAAUGCUAAGUCCAAACUUGGUGUCACCCCUCUCCACCUGGCGGCACAGAAUGGCUGCAAUAAACUGGUCAAACUGCUGAUUGAAACUCAUGGAGCUACCAUUGAUGCCUUGUCACUGGCGAAGAAGACUCCCUUGCAUAUGGCUGCACAGAAUGGGCAGAUGGAAGUUUGCAGUACUUUCCUGAAGAUGAAAGCUGAUGCAAAUGCCACUGAUGUGCAUGGUCAAACUCCCCUCCACUUGGCUGCUGAAAAUGACCACUCAGAUGUUGUGAAACUCUUCCUAAAGCACAAGCCUGAGUUAGUAACUAUGGCCAACACGAAUGGCAUGACAUGUGCUCACAUAGCUGCCUCAAAGGGCAGUGUAGGUGUCAUUAAGGAACUUAUGAGAUUCAACAAAAUGGUAGUGACAACAGCCAGAAAUAGGACCAACAACUCGACAGCCCUCCAUCUAGCUGCAGAAGGAGGACAUGUAGAAGUAGUGCAAGUGCUGCUGGAAGCUGGAGCCUCUGCAACUGAUGAAAAUGCCGAGGGUAUGACGGCCAUUCAUCUGUCAGCCAAACAUGGGCAUGUGCACAUCUUAGAUGCACUGAAGGGACAUGUUGAUUUUGCCGUCACAAGUGCUAAGACCGGGUUAACAGCCCUCCAUGUUGCUGCUCAUUAUGGUCAAGCAGACUUUGUGCGUGAGACACUGACCAGUAUUCCAGCCACAGUGACCAGUGAGGCCCCAGACUCUGAAACUGGACUCAAGGAUGUCACUGCUGAGUCUGGCCUCACUCCGCUCCACUUGGCCUCCCAGUCUGGUCAUGAAGGGUUGGUCCGCCUGUUACUCAAUUCUCCAGGUGUGCAAGCAGACGCAGCCACCAAAGUCCAGGGUUCAAUACCACUCCACAUGGCUGCCCAGAAUGGUCAUACGUCAGUGGUCAGUCUGCUUCUCAGUAAGUCCACCUCUCAGAUUCACGUCAAGGACAAACGGGGCAGGACUGGACUGCACCUGUCUGCUGCACAUGGACAUUAUGAUAUGGUGGCUCUUCUGCUGGGGCAGGGGGCUGAUAUUAAUGUUUAUGAUAAGAAUGGCUGGACCCCUCUCCAUUUUGCUGCAAAGGCAGGCUACUUGAAGGUGGUGAAGUUAUUGAUAGAGAGUGGUGCUGCACCCAAGUAUGAAUCUAAGGAAGGGAAGGUACCCAUCUGCUAUGCUGCAGCCAUGAAUCACACCGAGGUGGUCAGUUAUCUUAUGAAGAGAGACCACAACACACAGCAUUUGAUGGACGAUAAGAAGUUUGUGUUUGACCUGAUGGUAUGUGGCAAGACCAACAAUAACAGAUCCAUCCAGGAGUUCAUCACACUGUCCCCAGCCCCAGUGGACACAGCAGCCAAGAUGUCCAAGAAUUUCGCCCUUCUGGCCAUCAGGGAGAAGGAGCGGUCAAGGGAUCUCCUGCAUGCUGGCGCAUACUGUGAGAAAAUGGCUACAGAAUUAAUGGCCAUUGCCUCCGGAACCAAUGGUGCAUCAGCUUUACUCAAAUCUGUUGACUGCCGUGGAACACCCUUUCUGGACAUACUCAUUGAAAAUGAGCAGAAGGAAGUAGUUUCCCACCCAACAAUUCAGAAAUACUUAUCAGACGUUUGGAAAGGGAAUUUAAAAUGGAACACAUGGAAAGUAGUGAUGGUUUUCACAUUGUUCCUGAUCGUACCCCCAGUGUGGGUUUACUUCUCAUUGCCACUUCGGAACCGCUACAACAAAGUUCCGCUCAUUAAGUUCAUGUCAUAUUUAGUCUCGCAUUUCUACUUAAUUAUACUAUUUAUUAUGACAACUGUUGCACCCAUUUAUCCAAUCUUUCAGUCUGGGUCACUCAUACCCCAUUGGUAUGAGUGGCUACUAUUGGCGUGGCUGUCUGGACUUCUGGUCUCAGAGCUGACCAAUCCAGGUGACAGGGCAGGGUUAGGGUGGAUCAAAGUAUUUGUGAUAGCAGUUAGUGCACUGGGAAUCGUUGUCCAUCUUCUAGCAUUUGCAUUUAAUGAAGAUGAGCGCUAUGUGUGCUUAUAUGUGAGGAACCAAUUUUUUGCCCUGGCAUUACUGUUCUGUUUUGUGUUGCUGCUGGAUUUUCUCUCAUUUCAUCACUUAUUUGGACCAUGGGCAAUUAUUAUCAGAGAUUUGAUGAAGGAUUUGAUCAGAUUUUUGGUCAUUCUGUUGGCCUUCAUGCUAGGAUUCACUCUUCAUCUCUCAGCAAUUUAUCAGCCAGUGUAUCCACCACAAGUAACAAACUCAUCCAUUGGUCAAGGAAAUGGAGGAGGAGGAGCCAAAAGUCUCACGCCAAUAGAUACUUUUGAACUUCUGUUUUUUUCGCUAUUUGGUCUCAUCGAACCUGAUACUUUACCUACAAUAGCCCAGAGCCCUGACUGGACAAUAAACUUAGUGAAAUCUGUAUUUGGAGCUUAUAUGUUAGUGACUCUCAUUGUGUUGAUAAAUCUGUUAAUUGCCAUGAUGUCUGACACAUACCAGAGAAUUCAGGCACAGUCGGAUGUGGAGUGGAAGUUUGGGCGAGCUAAGUUGAUCAGAAACAUGAAUAGGACAUCAGCUACUCCAUCUCCUCUGAACCUUUUCACCAAGCUCAUUACUUACUGCAAAGUGGCUUACAAACACAAAGGCAAAAUAUGCAGUGCUGAGGCCCAGAGCUACAUCCAUGAAGAGGAGGACCUGAAUGAGGAUUAUGAUGCUAGAUCUGUGGACCUGUUACAAAAUAACCAAGUCAUGCUCAGGAAUAUGAUGAGGAGAAAUACUCAAGUGGCUCCUGAAUCCUAUUUGCGUGCUCCCCAGCAGAGAGGUCCUCAAUGCAUAGAUGAUGUGAUAGACUGGCAGUUUGUUGUCCACAAGUAUUUGGAGGUCAACAACCUAUUGGAUGAACACUCAGACGAGGAAGAGGACACCAGUAAACACUUCAAGAAGGAUAACCACUUGAAAGAAAUUAAUGAGAAGGUGACGGAAAAUGGUGGGAUUAAAUGACCAGGAGUUAAACUAUUUAGGUAGGAAGGGUAACAUGUAAGAAAAAUAAGUGAAGGGGUAACUUUUAGCAGCAAAAGUAAAUGAGGACAUUAACAGAUACAGGUGUAAGAAUAAAGUGUGCAGUGAUAAAGAGCUGCUGUUUGAACAAAAUGUAUUCACAUGUUCAAAAGAACAUUUCUGGAAAGUCAAGAAUCUGCAGUGUAAUUCUUUUCCAUAAAAUGCUAGUAGCCAAUUUUUCAUAUUUAUAUCACCUUCUUAUAUGUCAAAUUUAGAUUGGAUUGGUUUUUAUGGCAAAUGCAUUACAUUGUAAUGUGGGGCAUUAAUAUACUAGAACCAUGUGUCUAUUAGCCAGUCACCUUGGAGAGAAGUUUGUUUUUGGCUUUUCUUCUUUUUUUCUCUCAUUGAAACAGAUGCACUGGUAUGUAUGAAUAUACAAGUAUGUUGGACAAUGAAAAUAUUUAACCUUAAAGCAUUUUUUGCAGUUAUGUCUCAUACUUUUUUCAUUUAUUCAACUGAACAGAAAUAUUUUGUGUAAUUGUUACUUUACUCCACGACAAUAAUUAUAUUUAUAUCCAAAUAUGAUUGCAAGUGAUAGAUAUUAACUACAUUGUGAAAAAAAAUCACUAUCAUAGUCCAAGAUUAUGUGUAUUUUUGUUAUAUGAAUAUUUUGAUUCUGUAUAAGCUGAGCUUUUUCUAGAAUGUGGCAGAUGGUACUGCUGAGCAGCACUACUAGUUCAUGUAGAUGAAUAUUGUGUAGACCCCCAGUCAGUAGGCACAGUCAUAUCGGUAGAUAAAAGGCAGUUUCUUUAGCUUUUGAACAUUUGUAAACUGUAGUCACCACCCCAGUGAUAGUUCACCUGUGAGACAAGCUUGAAGAUGUGGAGAGUGAAACUACUGUUAUUCUGACUAUAACGACUACCCUUUAUCUACAGGUGGCAUGUGAUAACAGGGAGAAUGCCUUAGAACCAGUGAAAUUGUUGAUUAAAGUUUAAAAAAAAAAUAAAGAAAAAGACAUAAUUGUUGUCUUCUUAUAAUAUCUGUAUGACCAGUUGAAACACUUAAGAUUUCUAAUUGGCAACAAUAAAGUUGUUUAAAGUGAAGGUUAUUAUUCAGCUGAGUUACUUUGGAUGCAUUGAUGGGCUUUUUUUUAACCAUCUCAUAUUUUGGUCAAUUUCUCUAUGAAAAGUUAUUUCAGAACAUGUUGUGUAUUGGAACUAAUUGAUUGACAGUGUUAUCGGACCAGUGUGCAUUAAAAGGAACCAUUUUUUCAACAUUUUUAAAUAUUUGUAUGAAAUAACUCUAACUGUAACCUUAAACAUGCUUUUACUUUGGAAGUUAUAUAGUCAUUGCUUUUGUUAUGAGUUGUUGUGAUGUUUUUAAAUUAUCUUCAAAUGAUCAAUAUGAGAAGUAUUUGGAAUAAUUGUGUGACAAUAUUUCUAUAAAUUUGUAAUUAUAUUUCAUUGCCAUACUAAUCAUACCUGGGUUCCCGUAAGGUUCAACUUAAGGUUCUGUUUACUUUUUUCUGUGCAUGGUUUCAUUAAUUUUACUUUCUUUGUUGUGACUCAUCAUAUUUGGAGUUAAAGUAUUUCUGUUUUAUACUAGUGUCAUACAUUGCAUUUUCUAAAUUAAAAAAAAUUACCUUCGUGUUAUUGACCAUAGCCUCCAAAUAAUAAUUGUACAAUCGAGAAAUAUGAGAGAACUUCAUUAUUGAACAGUAACUUUUAGCAUCACCUCAAAUUUGUGCAAGUAUGUGUAUCCUUUGAACAAUACACAAUAGUCUUGUUGGGACUCUUUGGAAAUUUAAUUUUUAUCUUUGCCUUCAUGAAAAAUGCAACAACUGUACAUGUAUUAUUGCAGAAAGUAUGCCUUGCAUUUGAAGUGCAAUACCAGCUGUGAAAUAAAAAAAAUAU